AUGGCCCCUAAAGCUAGUGGUAAAGCCGUAAAAAAAUCUGGCAAAGCCCAGAAGAACGUCGCUAAAACUGACAAGAAGAAGAAGAAGCGUAAGAGGAAGGAAAGUUAUGCUAUCUACAUCUACAAAGUCUUGAAACAGAUCCACCCUGAUACAGGAGUCUCCAGCAAGGCAAUGAGCAUCAUGAAUAGCUUCGUCAACGACCUCUUUGAACGUAUUGCCAUGAUAUGGCAUCCUAUAUUUCAUUUUAAAAGGCAUUUCUUCUUUACUGAUAGGUUUUGCUUCCUGAAGCUCUUCUAA